AUGGGUGGAGGUCCGACGGGUGUGGCUGGUCACGUCAGAGAAGGGAGAGGUCUGACUGACGUGGCUCGUCAUGAUGGAGAAAGGGGAGGUCCGACCGGCAUUGCUGCUCGUGGUGCAGAUGGGUGGAGGUCCGACGGGUUGGCUAAUCGCGACAGAUAUGGGAGAGGUCCGACCGACGUGGCUGGUCGUGAUGGAGAAAGGGGAGGUCCGGCCGGCAUUUCUGCUCGUGGUGCAGAUGGUGAAGAUUCGUCGGGCAUUAUUGCUUAUGGUGGGGAUGGAGGAGCAGUUGUUCCAAAAUUCCAGUACUUUCAGUUGUUUCUUGAUCACAAAGAUAUGGCCUUUGACAAUGUAAUGGAUGAUAUUCAUGUUAGUGGUACACCUGAGCUACCUCUUGUACUAAGCCCUAAAUCUCAUGGGUUUAGCAGUGGAAUAAGAGGAAGUCCCAGGUUUAAGGAGCUACAAGGUUCAGAGCUUGAAGAUAGUGAUUCAGCAGAGGAAGUGGAAGUAGUAGAUGCACAAGGAAGGAAAAAAAUGAAAAAGAAAGUGAAGCUGAAAAGGUGGAGGCCUGAGAACAUGAAAGAAGUCAAUUUUCACAUAGGCAUGAUGUUCUUGUCUGUCAUUGAACUAAGAGUAGCAAUUCAGGAGUACAUUGUGAAGCAAAGAGUGCAAAUUCAUUACAUAAAGAAUGAUAAGCAGAGGAUAAGGGCAGGUUGUGUUGGAGAUUGUCCUUGGUUCUUAUUUGCUGCACCUGACAGCAGGACCAAAGCAUGGGUUGUGAAGAAGUAUGUGGGUGAGCAUACAUGUGAAAGAGAGUGGGCACUCAAGCAAUUUACAGCAAUAUAUUUGGCUGGCAAGUAUGUGGAAACAUUUAGAGCAGAUGAGAAGAUGACACUGCAAAACUUUGGCAGACUUGUUCAAUUGGACUACAACAUGCAACCUACUAGAAGUAAGCUAGCUAGAGCAAGGAGGAUUGCACUAAAGAUAAUUCAUGGAGAUGAACUUGAGCAGUAUAAUUUACUGUGGGACUUUGCAGCUGAAAUCAGAAGAUCAAAUCCUGGCAGUACCAUGCUUGUGCAUGCAAACAAUGGAAAGUUUGAUAACUGCUACAUGUCCUUAGAUGCAUGCAAAAGGGGUUUUCUGCUAGCUUGUAGGCCCAUUAUAUGCAUUGAUGGGUGUCACAUUAAGAACAAGUAUGGUGGAGUGAUGCUGACAGCUGUUGGAGUUGAUCCUAACGAUUGUAUCUUUCCCAUUGCAAUUGCCAUAGUAGAAGUGGAAGAUACUGUCACAUGGAAGUGGUUUUUGAACACACUGAAGGAGGAUCUGAACAUACAAAACACAGCACCAUGGACAUUGAUGAGUGAUAGGCAGAAGGGCUUGAUCAAUGCUGUCAAUGCAAUGUUUCCUGAUGCACAACAUAGAUUUUGUGUGAGGCAUCUGCAUCAAAACUUUGCAAAAAACUGGAAAGGUGAUGUAUUCAAGAAUAAAUUGUGGCAAAUUGCAAGAGCUACACAUGAGGCAGACUGGAAGAAGUACAUGCAAGAGAUGAAAGAGUUGGACCAGGGGGCCUAUGAGUACUUGGAUGCAAUUGACCCAAGGCAGUGGUGCAAGGCCUAUUUCCAUGAACUCCCAAAGUGUGAUUUGCUUCUUAACAACAGCUGUGAAGUGUUCAACAAGUAUAUACUUGAUGCCAGAGAAAUGCCUAUAGUUACUUGUCUUAAGAAGAUCAAGGACCAAUUAAUGACUAGGUUUUAUAGCAAGAAUCUGGAAUCUGAGGAGAUGUGUGGUCAAAUUUGUCCAAAAAUUAGAAAAAAAACUGGACAAAAAUAUUAACAUGUCCAACAACUGCACUGCAUUACCAGCUGGACAACACAUAUUUCAUGUUAAAGGCAUGGUUGGGGAGUAUGAUGUGAACAUACAG